GGAAAAAUGGCGGAAACUUGUGUUUUCUUCACGUUAUCAGCAUCAGCGCUUCUAAACAUUGCGUCUUAAGCCUCAUCCGGGGUUUGUCGGCUUAUAUGUGUCACAAAUGUGUCUUCAUAUGUAAGGCUGCGGGUUUAAAGAGGAAUGCAAGAUGCAAGAAGAUUCAAUGAGCUUUUCCACCCCUGGCCCCAUGACACAGAAUCAAGUAUCCCAAGUCAAGUCUUUCAAGUGUAGUCACUGUACGAUCCUCUUCAAAUCCAAGGUCUACCUUUUUGAACACCUCAACAAGGUGCAUGACUUUGAUGUAGAUGCUGCUCUCACAGUGGCUGGUUUAAAAUGCUCCGGCAAUUUCAAAGCCAACACUGACAACCAUAGCAACACCUCAGGAGAUGAUUUUAAAUGCCAGCACUGUGAUUUCAAAGCUUGCGAUGGGGACACUCUAAACAACCAUGAGAAACAAUGUCACAAAAAAUCAGAGGAUCAGAACAUGAUUGGGAAAAUUAUAAUUUCUGAAAACCUGGAGACCAAUACACCUGUUAUUUCAACAAACCAGCACAGUGAAGCUGCAGAAGAAAAAGAGAUUUCCAACGUUUUUUCGGAUACUUCUACCUCAAAAACUAAAUGCACACUUAACUCAUCAAAGGAUGUUAAGAUCUAUAAGAGGCCCUUGCAAACCAUUACCAAGUACUUUGCACCAUCAUCUGGAUCAAAUGGGAAACCAUCAAUGAAGUCAGCUGAUAGCCCAAAGCUUCUCGACAGCGCCAAAGGAACUAUAAUUUUGCAAGAGUCCCCCUCAUGCUCCCGUCCAAACAGUAGUGGUGUGUUUAAAGUCACUGCAAAGCCCAUGAUUGACAUCACCAGUGUUUCUGAUCAUUUUUUGCUAAAUGACCACCUUUUAAUUACCGAUCUGAGACCAUUAAAGCCUAAGGAACAAUCCAGAGAAACAACCCCUGAAAAAACUGGCAAGAGGACCGACAGUGAAAGGAUGAAUGCUCCUCCUGCUAAAAAAGCAAAGUCUGAUAUAAGUGAGACAAAGCUCCCGGAGGAAACAAACGCAAGUAAACAAAAAGAAACAAAUGACCCAGAGUUUUCAUUUGAAGUUAGCGAAGAUGAAGGAGAAAAGAAUCUUCAUCUUGCCAAUGGGGACACAGAAGGCUCAAAGGUCUAUUAUUGUAAGCAUUGUGACUACCGUGAUAUGAGCAUCAGUUCUGUGACCACCCAUUAUCAGAGCGACCACCCUUAUAUAAGAUGUAACACUGCUUACAUUCAGGAUCCACGUGAUGCGAGUGCUACCUUUCGUUGCCUGCAGUGUCCAGUUGAGUUUGUAAGUGUAGCUGCCAUCAAGAGACACUACUCUGAAAAACAUCAAGGGGCCCCAGAUGUAUUCACGAUGCAAACACGUGAACUCAGUUUGGUUUUCAGAUGUUUUGUGUGUCCCUUUACCACGAACAUAUUGGAAGCUUUGGAAAACCAUUACAAGGAAAUUCACCCAAAACAUAAAAUGGAUAAUUCCUUGAUGUACUGCAAAUAUUUGGUAACUGGAUGUCAAAAGGGCUCAUCCCAGUCAAAUACAUGUGAAACAGUGCCCAGUCCGGAAAGACAAGCAGAGAUUUCUCCUGAGAGGGUCUGUACACCAUCUAAGGAAGUCAAAAAUGCACCCUCACCCCAACAUCCCACCUCUACAACAGCAGACGAGAUCUUGUAUCAUUGCAGUAAGUGCAAGUUUAGUCAUAAGUCAACUGUUGUUAUGCGUGUCCACUACCAAAAAAGCCACCCAGGGGAAGCAGUCACACUUGACAAAAUCAAACAGUCACAGAGGACGCCAGAUAAGUCUCCGAACUCUGUGACAUUAACUGAAAAAUCUGCUCCUCAAACAAAAAUCUCAGGUUCUUCUAAGAGAACAAAAGACAAAGCUGAGCUGUCACAGCAUAAGCGCACACCAGAAGCUUUGCAGACUCAUUCAGAGUUACCCAAAACUAAGAAAUUGGAAUCUGCAGUGGACAGAAAUAAAGGAACUCAGUCACCCACCAAACAUGAUAAGGUAAUGUCUGUGGGAAAGUACAGUUUAACGAGCAGUUCACCAGAUAAGUUGUUUUACUGCAAGUAUUGCAGUUAUUCAAGUACCAACAUCAGAAGCGUUAUUGGUCAUCAUAACGCAAAACACUCUAUGCAUGCACUAACAGGUACUGAAGAGAUCUUGGUGUAUAGUGCUGAAGUCCAGAAAAAGAAACGUCAAAGAGAAGCUAAGGCCUUAGCAAGUAAAACAUCUUCUGGUUCUAAAACUUCUAAACAAGUUAAGGUAUGUAGUGAAAAAGAACUUCAAGAUGAAGUGGACGAAGCAGCAGAUGCUUCAGUGACGAGCCUCAAUGCUUAUGCAUGUGCAGAAAACUUGUUUUACUGCCAAAAAUGCAACUUUGGUAAUCCAUCUGCAAAAGGAAUAGCAAACCAUCAAAACAAAGUUCACUCAGGCAUUCAAUACAGCAUGGAAUGUAUUCUUGAACAUACAGCUUUGAUGCGUGAUGAAAUUAAAAAAUCAAAAUCCCAAGCAAAGGAGUUUUCCUUUUCUACACGUCUACCUCUUCCUCUUAUGAAUGAGGGCGAUGAAAAAAAGUUUUUCUGCCACUUUUGCAACUAUAGGCAGAGUACUAUGGAAAUUGUAAUGAAACAUUACGCCAAAAAACAUCGUGGAUUCAUGGUUAAGGUUGAACAAGUCCGUCUGUACACCUCUAUUGUUCAUGCAAAGACACAGAGGUUGCACCUAAACACAACUGCAAACCAGUCUUUGUCAGUCAGUCAUGCAUCCCAAGAUGGUGAAGGACAUAAAAAGAAAAAAGUAAAACAGCUUGGCAAACCCUUACCGGUGUCGGCACCACCCUCAAUGAAAGCCUCACAAACACAGAGGACCCUUCAGUGCUAUAGAUGCUCUUAUAGCACUCAAUAUCUGAAUCUUUUGAAGAGGCAUAUGCGGAAAAUCCACAGGGCAAAUCGCUCAGUCACAGACCUCUUAAGAGUGUGUUUCAGACAAGGAAAUAUACAGACAGGCUAUCACUGCGAUAGGUGUGUUUUCUCACACAAAAAAGCAGCAGCAGUCUAUAAACACUACCAGGAACAACACCCAGAACGUAGUGCAAGCCUUGACCAUGUGACUACUCGGUUGUAUGUCGGUCCCGAAACACGUUCUCCCAAAAGGAAAAAACCCCGUAUAAAGUACACCGAUGAUGCUAGUGAGGAUGAUGGCACUGAUGGCAGCUUACCAUUUCAAAGAUCUGGACAAAAUGAAAUCAAGACGUAUUCAUGCAGAGCAUGUUCAUUUAAAGGUAGCUCAAAGUCAGGCCUCACACGCCACUACCAUGCUGUUCAUCCGUGGUCUGUGAAAGAAGACGGCUCAAUUCUGGAUGUCAUCAACAGCAAGAAACCAAGUGCAAACAGGCAGACGGAAGACCACAAUGACAAGCCAGGGUCAUUCGAAUCCUACCAAGUGCCUCUUGAUUUUGACAAGUCACCUGAUUCAUCUUCUGAAGAAACAGCAUCUUCCACAUUGAUCAAGUGCCCUUACUGCCCUGCUAGUUUUCACAGCUACCGCGGUCUCCACACUCACUGUGGAAUGAAACACCAUAAAGCUGCAAAUGACGAUUCAGAUAAACAGCAAGAGCAACUCCAAACAGGUAUGCAUGUCUUAAAGUGUCCACAUUGUACCUAUGUGAAUUCCAAAUAUCAAGGAGUUCUCACUCACUGCCAGAUGAAGCAUCCUGCUCUUGUGUGCUCGGCGGACAGUCAUUACGUGGAUGAAGAACAUUCACGCCACUGGGGUGUCUGUUUGAAAAGUAAAGGUCCUGGUUGCACUUUGAGACUUCGUGGUUACAUGUGUGAAUCCUGCCCAAAAAUCUGUUCAACGCAGGAGAAGCUAAACAGGCACUGCAAGAAGGUCCAUACUAAAACUAUGGCAAGCACAGUGCCAAACACACUGAAACCAUCUAAACCAUCAGCUGUGAGUAAAAUAAAACAAUUUAAGACCCUAAGCAAUUGGGGAUUAGUAUCGCAGGCCUCCUUUUUAAGGAAGAAAAUAUAUGCAGUGGUUAAGUGCCAGUACUGUGCUUACAGCUGUAGCACAAAAAUUGCGCUUGGUCGACAUGUGCGUGUCCACCACAAGAAUGCACCUGUUUCAAAGGUUCAGGAUCACAUAUACAAGUGUGUCCUGUGUUCCAUCUCCUAUUUCGAAAAAGUUCGACUUGCAAGCCAUUAUAUUAAGAAACAUGGAAGGGACAGCUUCUUAAAGUACUAUGUACCAGUGUACAAGCAUGGCCAAGAGAAGCCAGCACCAACAUCUCCUGACCACCCUUUAACUCAGCAACCAGAAAUCGAGCAUGAGGCAUGUAAAUCCAGCACGACAACCGAUGAAAACAAAAAAUUAGUCUACAGGUGUCCAUGUUGCUCCUAUGUGAAUGCAAGCUACCAUGGCACUCUGACGCACUGCCAAAUGAAGCAUCCAGACCUCAUAGUCAGAGCAGAUAGACUUCAAACAGAUGAAGUAGUCAUGACCAACAUGGUAGGGUGUUCCGUGGGGAAAGGUGCUAAUGAAAGAGGGUACAUGUGUAAAAGAUGUCCACUAAUUUAUCCUUCAAUGAAGAAGCUGAAAAUCCACUGUGAGAGGGACCACAAUCAGGCUUCUGAACCUGACACUGAAACUGAAAAGCAACCUGAUCACAGCUCUCAGGGAUCACCAUUGAGCACUGAAAUCGGUUUCAGUCACCAGUUGGGAACUCCUGAGACUUCUCAAUCCAAUGCACCAUCAGUACAGAACAUGACGAUUGUGUACAAGUGCCACAUUUGUAACUAUAAAGGAUUCUUCAGGCGAUACCUGCAAUGUCACUACAAAAAGACUCACAAAAUGGAUCCAUUUACCAUACACAAGCUGCUAGAGAAGUAUAACAAACGUAAACGCAAAGCCAGCAAACUGCCUGAAGCUGAAUCUGAGAAAGAUGGACCCAUGAAAUGUAAAAAGUGUCCGGAGUUCAUGUUUGACUCAUCUGAGCUGCUUGCAGCCCACUAUAGUGCUUUUCAUAGCUUGGACUCCAUAUUGGACUUCACUGUGUUAUCAACAGGGAAAAAGAAGGGUAGUACAGGUCUUUACAGGUGUGUGCACUGCUACAAACAAAUGAAUGGAAUUAGAAAGCUGUGGUAUCACCUGGAUUGCCACAGAGAGAGUGCAAGAAAGAGAGCGAUGGAUGAGAAGACAACAGCUUCACUUGAUACGACAACACCAGAGGCCAAAUCCAUUAAACUCUGUAAGCAGGACGUACUUCUCAAAUUAGAAAAUGUGGAGGAAUUGGCCCAGUGGAACGUGACACCAGUAGAGACUUUCGUUAUGCCACCAAGUCCUCUGCCGUCACCUUCAAAGUCCACAGAGCUGGAGCAACCAGAGCUGGAAUCGAGAGAAGACAAACACACCUGCGAACAGUGCGGGCGGUCAUUCAUGUCACUAAAAGGUUUGCGUUCUCAUGAGCGCAGCCAUGCAGCCAUGGCAGCUAUCAGGAAGAACCGGGACAAUCUGCCUACCACAGUGUUAAAGCACAGCAUCAACAAAUACGUAAUUUACAAAAGUGGAACUACAAAGCCUUUCCUGUGUAGUUUAUGUUCCUAUCGAACGACCAUCAUAGGCCUCUGGAGGAGUCAUUUUAUGAAAUCACAUGAAGAUGUCAUCAUGAAUCAUGCUGAGACUGACAGCCAAGACGAGAGUGGUCAGAGGACCAACGAGGAGCCCUACAUUUCAUCAGAGGAAUCAAACAAUUGGCCUGAACCUGAUGAAGAACCUGACAUUACUGACGAUUCGCAGUACUCAGAGCCCCCAGAUGUGCAGCGGCAGUUAAACCACUAUACCUUGAUGGCGCAGGCUAAUGCCUCGUCUAAAGCAAAUGGGCAAGAAACCAUGUUACCUGACAAUUCUCUUCUUCACUGUGAGUUUUGCAAUUUCAACACUGGACAUAUGUCUAGUGUACGACGACACUACCUGAAUCGCCAUGGAAAGAAGUUUGUCAAGUGUAAGGACUGCGACUUUUUCACUGGUUCGAAGAAAACCCUGGAAAUGCACAUGGCGACAGGUCACUCCACAUGCCAGUCAGAACCUACUCAUCAUAAAGACCUCCGCUGCCCUUUCUGCCUCUACCAGACCAAGAACAAGAAUAACAUGAUCGAUCACAUUGUCUUGCACCGUGAGGAACGUGUUGUGCCAAUAGAGGUGCGCCGCUCGAAGCUGUCGCGUUACCUUCAAGGCAUCGUCUUCCGCUGUCACAAAUGUACUUUCACAUGCGGCAGUGCUGAAAACCUGCGUUUGCACAUGACGAAGCAUGAUGACAACAAACCCUACAAGUGUCGGCUGUGCUAUUUCGACUGCACUCAGCUGAGAGACCUGGAGGCACACCUGAGUGAUAAGCAUCAGGUUGUCAGGAAUCAUGAGCUUGUGGGUCAGAUCAGUCUUGAUCAGCUACAGGCAAGAGACGAUAGGAUGCCAGAAGAGGAAGAGGAACCUGCGUCUAACUUGGAGCACCACGACAAUGAUAGUGAGGAUGCAGAAACUGAUGACUCUGCCACCUACUGUAUUGAACUUCCAGAUGAGACACGAGCUAAGAACAUGGCAGAAAACAACGUGAAGGAGAAAAUUACUCCACAGACUGAAGAAGAAUAUCAGAAGCAAGAGCAGGACGAUGAUGAAAAUAGCCCUGCCGAGAGUUCUGUGUUAGAUCUUAAGGAUGAGGAUGAAGACACAAAACCAAACACCGCUGUCCAAGAGAAGCGUGAGCCGGAUCCACAAGAACAAGCAGUUGUGUGCUUGUCAGCCCAAACCAAACGCAGAGAUAGUGAGGACAGCAGCACAUUGCUCACACAACAAAAAGAGGAGGCAGCAGAAAAAACACCCACCCAAAAGCUACAUAAAAAGGCACUUAAGCAAAGAAUGUUGGACAUUGAGGCUAGUGUAGAACACAAUAUACUGCAGAAUAUCAUGCUGCUGGAUGAGGAUGGCAGCGUUGUCAAGAAACACAAGAAGGCAGCUCAUGACAGAAUGGUUAGGAAAGAGCAGAACAUUGAGAGUCAGGUUGUAGAUAAGGAUCAAAGUGAGAUGAUGUUCCUGGAUACAAAGGACAGCAUCACUUUGGCCCACAACCCUGAAAAUCAAGCUAAUAUAGAAGAAAUUUCAGCCCUUGGGAAGAAAAAUCAGAUGCAGCCAAACAACAGCAGGGCUAGAAAAAGUUUAUCGGUUGAAAGGCACUCGCACACUCCUCCGCUCAUGUGUGCAGAACUUAAGAUAAGCCAUGAGGAGAGCUUGGAUGUCUCAAUAACAAACUGCAAAAAGGAACAAGUGCAGAACAGUGAGGAGGCAAGAGACCUCUAUGGAGAAAUGCCGGUGCUUGAGAAUGAAAAUCUCAAAGAAGAAAUGCAGCCUAUUGAGUGUUGCAAAAAGGAAGAUGAGGAUGAUGUUGAGCAAAGGCAGGACAAAGAAGAUGAGACGAUCACUGCAGACGAUGAGAACCGAUGCGCAGAUCAGAAACAUGAGGAGGAUGACAGAAUGGAGGAUGCUGAUGAUUCACGUGCUCCCAAAGGUGCACCCACAGUCACAGAUGAAGCUCCUGAAGUCCUGUGCCCAGCAGUAACAGACGAGAAACAUUUCACCUGUGAGCUUUGUGGACGAAACCUCACAAACAGCUAUGAACUGAAGCGUCACUUCAUGCGACACAGAAUAUAACGUUUUUCUUUAUGUUAUGGACGGUAGCGAUGGCUCUCACUGUUGAGUUUUUGUGGGAAGCUAGUUUUUGUUUUUAUGGACCGUCCCCUAUCUUCUUACUGUAAUGUGCAUUUCUAAACAACCUGGUUACAAAUGAAUUUUUCAUGUUUUGUAGAUUUUAAACCUUUUAUAAUAAAGAUGUUUUUAUGGUACAGCUGUUAUGCGUAGGAUUUAAUUUGUGCGGUUUAGCAAAAGAAAACAUUUAAGAGCCAGGAUGGUGACUGUAUAAAGUGUGACAUGUUUAUUAAGACUUUAUUUUGAUUUGUUUAGUGUAAUCACACUAAUGGAUAUCCUGCAGUCUAUGUGAAUGGAGACAUGAAUCAUUAGUACUGUAAAACAUGAAAACAAUCACUGUGAACUGUAAUGAUUACGUUUAAACUGGUACCUAACAUCCAUGUUCAAUGUCCAGACUCUGGACCAACCUCAAUACCACUGAAUGUGGAAAUCCUUGUGCUGCCUUCAAGUGUUGCUGGGUAUUUGAACAUCGAUUGCUGUGUACCUUACCAGUGAGAGAGUUAAGUCAUUUCAGCAGUACAGAAGUAACAGUAUUUUUGUUUUAUAUUCCAUGUAAAUAAUAAUUUCUGUUUACUUUCUAACUUUUUUGUCACACGAUAUCAUUUACGUUUUUUGUAAAUAAACUGAAUGUGUAAUUGCCA